CUGCAACGUUCACGAUAAAGCAGCUUCUAAACAAUUCUACGAGUUGGUGCUUCAAGUGCAGUGUUCAAUGCCCAUGUUCACAGGCUACAGAACUCUAUAACUUCAGCAGGUUUCCUCACUUGCAUUUGUGCUGUUGUCACAGCAGCUGUACGCUGCGUCUUCAGAAAAAAAAUCAUAUGUACACAGACUCAGCGACAUAUAAAAGAUGGAGUGGUGGCUACUCUGUUGGCUGGCCCUCUUCACUCGUGCUAAUCCCAAUAGAAAAAACGAUUUUUCGCAAACCACAAAAUGUAUGAAGGAAGUCAACGAAAUUUUAAAAAAUGGAAACGACAACGACGCUAUUGAAGCCCUGAAGACCCUAGAAAAGACUCUAGAGGAAACGAAUGUGUCCAUGACUACAGACAUGUCCCAGAGCCGUUUUGUGGUCCUCCUGCACAAACCCAAUGGCCCCUCCAAAAGCUUUGACAUUCAUGCUAGUGGGAACAAGGUAAAAGAAGGCAGUGCUUUCACCAACAGCAGCGUGAGGGUCCAAGUGCCGAGAGAGUUGGUCACAAACGACACCAUUGUGUUCUCCAUGAUUACCUGGCCUGAAGCAAGGAGGGGCAAUUUAACAACGGGAGGGGCAGGUGUGUUAUAUGAGAGCAAACUGUUUGGCCUGAGUGUGCAGGGCAAGAAGGUUUCCUCACUUCAGGAGUCCGUCAACAUCACAGUGACUUUUCCUGCAAACGAGACCCAAAACCCCAUAUGUGUGUUCUUCAACUUCUCGACAAAGAAAUAUAGCAGCGAUGGCUGCAAAACAAAGUGGGAGGUUGGUGAGAGCAGCCUCACCUGCUGCUGCCAUCACCUCACAUACUUCAGCGUGCUCCUGGUGUCUCCUUCUUCCACCGUCUCAGCCAAAGACCAGGAGAUUCUGUCAUACAUCACUCUGAUUGGCUGCAGUCUGUCUCUUUUUGCCCUGGUCAUCACCGUUCUGCUCUUCAUCACGAAUAGAAAGGUCAGAGAAGAUGUCUCCAUGAAGGUUCACAUCAACCUGGCCAUCGCCCUGAUCCUUCUCAACCUGCACUUCCUCCCCAGCCAGUGGGUGGCAGCACAGUCCCCCACUGGGCUUUGCCUCUACCUGGCCCUCUCUCUUCACUACUCCCUGCUGGCCACCUUCACCUGGAUGGCCCUGGAGGGGUUCCACCUCUACCUUCUCCUCGUCCGAGUCUUCAACAUCUACGUCAGGAGAUACCUGCUCAAGCUCAGCGUGAUGGGAUGGGGGGCCCCUGCAGUCAUCGUGUCCCUGGUGGCCGCCAUCGACAGACACUCGUAUGGACGCGUCCUCCUGGACUCGUCUGUCCCCAACAGCACCGAAGUAUGCUACAUAGUCAACCCCACGGUGAAGAUGGUGACCACGGUGGGAGUGUUUGGCCUGGUGUUCGUCUUCAACAUGAUCAUGCUGGUGGUGGCAGUCAGACGCAUCGUGGCUCUCUCCCCGAGCGGAGAGUUUGGGCAGAGCGACCGUAACAGAGGCAAGCGGGGCGCCUGCACCCUGCUGGGAGUCACCACCCUGCUCGGCUUGUCCUGGGGCCUGGUCUUCUUCUCGUUUGGCUCCCUCACCACUCCGGGCCUCUACCUCUUCUGCAUCCUGAACCCGCUGCAAGGUUUCUUCAUCUUCUUGUGGUUUGUGAUGUCAUGGAGAAAGACCGGAAACUCAACGACUAACAAGAGUAGUGUAACAACCAGCACCAACAGCUGAGCCUCACCCCAACACACCGAUAUAUGUUCAAUUCAAUUCAAUUCAGUUUAUUUUGUAGAGCCCAACAUCACACAUUACAAACCCCCCUCAGAGGGCUUUGCAAUCUGUACACAUAC